AUGUUGAGAGAUACUUUAGUGAAAAUUUUCCGUUCAAAUAAUCUGGAGAAUAUCUCCGCAACCAACAUCACCACUCGUGAAAUUCCAAAACAAACAAAUUUCAAUGAGAUCCUGAAAUCAUCUCAAAUCCCGUGCUUUAUUUAUUCCAUCAUCAUCAUUGUCGUUGUCGUCGUCAGUGCAGGAUGGAAACGACUUGAUAUCGCUUAUAAACAACCAACAAAUUGCGAAAAGCUGAUCAAAUUUCUUUAUGAAGAUGCGCGAUGCUUACUUAUAGAUAAAUAUUUAUUGAAGGAAAAUAUAUAUAAAGAAAGCAUCACACCACAAAUGAGUCUUGAAUCUUCUUCAUUGUCUAAACAAUCGAUUUAA